CCCGGGCGGCCAGUCCGGCGGGGCGCGGCGGCGCUCGGGGGAAGCCGGCCAGGCCCGCGGAGCCGGGCGGGCAGCGCAAGGCAGGGCGAGAGCGAAGCAGCCUGGGAGAGAGGCCCGAGCCGCCCCGGUGCCUUCUUGCCCCAUCGGAAGCCACCUGGCGCCGGGGCCGCGAGGCGUGGAGCCGUGAGCGAGCGCGCAGGAGGCGGUGGAGCCUAGCGGAGGCUGCGCGCCCCGUGUGCCCAGCCGGGCCCGCCGCGCCUCCUCCAUCGCCUCCCUGGCGCCUCGGUGGCCCACUCUGCUCUCCUUUGCUUCUUCUGCUCAGCCCUGCCGUGGCGAGGCCCCCAGACCUCGUGCGCUCGUCUCUGCUGUACUGGAAACUGGGUCCCCCAGGCCACCGCCGCCGCCCCUCCCCCGGGACUCGAAGGAAUCCGGACUUUCCCCCACCGUGGAUCGAGCCGAUUGCCGAGCUAGGCUAAGCGGAAUUUGCGGCCGCUCCGGACGCCGCCCGAGCCCGAGCGCGGACAUUCUGGGUCCCGCUGGGUCCCGGCUGAGUGCACUCCGGACGCCUGACAGUGCCAGCUCGGGAAGGGCAAGGCAAGCCAGGGGCAGGACAGACUCCGGAGGGGCCCAUACCCGCCGAACUGGACUGGACAGAGAGAAUCGCGAACCCUGCGGAGCCCGGGGAAUGCCGGGCGUGGGCUGAGGGGAUCCCGGUGCCCUCCCCAGCCCUCCGACUUUGGCUCAACCGCCCGGACCGGACCGUCCUCGCCUCGGCCCGAGUCACCUGUGGCCUCGGGGUCCCAGAGCCCUCCCGACCCUCGCGACCCGGAGCCUGGCAAACGUGGUGGGAGAUUUUUCCUUCCCCCUUCCCGGGAACGCGGAGGCCCCGCCCCCUCCCACCGCCCAGAUGUCUCCGGUCACCGCUCGGAGGACCUUCCUGAGGCCAGGAGCCGAAGGGUCCAGAGAGAGAAGCCCGCCCUAGGGGAGCCUUGGGGGCCCCCCAACCUCGUCUUGGGGCUCGGCCCCCGACGCUGCUUGGAGGAAAGGCCGGUGCCCCCACCUCUGAGACUGCCCUCCUCCAAUCCAGGUCCCUCUCCAGCGCUGUUCACAUCUGGAGUACCCUCCACAUCUGGAAGACCCUGACCACCGUCCCUCUGCAGGUUCGGCUGCAUCUAGAGACCUCUGCCUUUGUAACCGCCUCGGAGUUUCGAGGGGAUUGCUGCCUUCCCCCAUCCCAAGGCAUCUCUUACCCUUAGUCCUUGCAGAAUCAUCCCCCUGCCUCCACACCCAGAUUCAGGCAAAGAUCAGCUCUGUACACCACAGGCACUUCAAGUCCUGGAAGCUGUUCUUGGGCCCUGAGGCCCCUCCCCUUGCCCUCCUGUGUCCUCACCUUGACCCCCCCCACCCAGUCAGACUCUGUCUCCCUCUGGGUGCUCCACCCCCCCACCCAGAGACAGAGUAGGUCGAGUGGCAGGCUGCAGGGGCUGGGUGAGGGCCGCCCAAGGCCAGGGUAGGCUGGGGGGCCGUUAAAAUGUGGAGCUCUGCCCGGCCGAGGGGGGCUCCGUGGAGGCAGGCAAAGCGUGUGCCCCGCUGGGGCGAGUAUGGGCAGGCUUGCAGCCACGUGGUGAAGGAUGAACAUUCGGGGUGCCCCGGACCUCGGGCAGCCCAGUGACGACCCCAACAGUGGUGGAGAGAGAGAGCGGAUUCGACAGCGCAUGAAGAUGGUCAUCGGGCAACUUGAAGGCAUCCUGAGGGAACUCAAAGAAGUGGCUAAGGAGCUGAGGGAGGUGGUGAGUCAGAUCGACAAGCUAACCUCUGACUUUGACUUUGAACUGGAGCCAGACGACUGGACCACGGCCACUGUGAGCAGCACCUCCAGCAGUGACAAGGCGGGUGUGGGCGGCCCCUUUGACCUGGGCCACCUGGACUUCAUGACAGCUGAUAUCCUCUCAGACAGCUGGGAGUUCUGUUCCUUCCUGGACGUCUCUACACCAUCAGACUCUGUGGAUGGCCCUGAGGCACCACGGCCGGGCACAGGCCCUGACUACCAGCUCAUGAAUGGUGGUAUGCCCAUCCCCAACGGGCCACGAGUGGAGACACCAGACUCUUCCAGUGAAGAGGCCUUCAGCGCUGGCCCUGCAAAGGGUCAGGUACCCCAGCGGACCCCGGGGACGAGGGAGAGGGUACGGUUCAGUGACAAAGUGCUCUACCACGCCCUGUGCUGUGAUGAUGAAGAAGGGGACGGUGAGGAGGAAGUAGAGGAGGAAGCAGGCCUGGCCCCGGAGCUGCCCCAUGUGGAGCCACACACAGGCCCCCUCAAGCCCUCCCCAGCCCCCUACAAGACCAGGCGCUCUCCACUGACCACCCGACGCUUGGGCCCCACGUUGGCCCCAGAACAGACCCGGAGGGUCACAAGGAACAGCAGCACUCAGACAGUGUCAGACAAGAGCACGCAGACAGUGCUGCCCUAUACGGCCACCAGACAGAAAGCCAAGGGCAAGAACUAGGGGCUGGGGAGGGGGGAUGCAUAGAGCUAUAAAUAUAUAUAUAUAUAUAUUUAAACAAACACAGUCAUAAUAAAAUUCAUAAAUACUAAGGAUCCGGGCCCACAGGCCCCAAAGCCUUCAAGAAAGCUCAUCCUAACACAAUCAGAUGCUCAGAGUUUACUAUCCUCUUCAUAUGGCAGGGUUCCUGAAAGGAACUAAACCCUACCUUGCCCACGAUAAGUCCCCAGCACCAUAGAGGUCUGUGGCUAUUGGCCUGGGCAGUGUCCUAGAGGGAACUCAGCAGCUGGAGGCAAGCUAAGGGAAGAGUAUCCCAGGGCUCACCUGAAAGACUAAGAACUUAGAACCCAGGGUUGGCAUCACUGUGGUUAGGCGCUGUCCUCCUGGGCAGAGCUGCAUGGACAGACAGCCCCACCUCACCGCACCCUGCAUUUCAGGGUUUCCCCAACACUGAGAAGGACACUGUGCCCCGGAGCAGGCCACACUACCAGGAGGCUGGCAGCUACAGAGCCUGUAGGACCAGGCUGGUCAGUCCCGAGAACCCAACCCACUCUGAUUCUUUCAGCUCCCAUUCUUAGCUCCAGAGGUCAGAAUUCUCAGAUCUUGUCCCUGAGCAGAUCCAAGGUGUGUGAGUAGUGAUAACAACCACCACAGUGCUGGGUACCCAGACACAGAUGUACCUGACCAUCCACACUAGGCAGACGGGGCUCCGGUGUCUCCUACUUCACACCCAAACCCUCAGCUCACCUUACUAAGUCCUGAAUAGCAGUAGCAGAUCUUUGUCUCCCAACAAGAGCAUUCAAAUGUCCUGAGGGUGAUAAUGCUAGUCACUGGUCACAUUUAUUGAGUAGGCCACUCUGCUGAAUGCACCAUAUAACAUUAUCUUAUUGCCCCACUUUUCAGAUGAGAAGACUGAGGUUCAGAGACAGGAAGUAAUUGGCCCAAGGUCACAGAGCCUCAGCUUUCCUGUCCCCAAGAACAAGUAGUUUACAGGCUGUGCCUGGCCCUGUUAGACAGCAGCUGUAUCACCUUGGGAGAAUCCAUUUGCCUCCUUGAACCUUUCUGCUUCCCCUGUAAAAUGGAUCUGUUAGUCUUCGCCACCUCAGUAGCAGUCACAGGAAUCCAGCAAGUGGUGAGUGUACACGAGAUAAUUGGAUGCACCACAUGCCUAGUGUGGUCAGUGUGGGCCAGCCCACAUCUCCAGUGACUUCCAGGGCAGAGGGGCUGGGUGGAAGCCAUUUCCAAGGUCAGAAGCCAUCCUGAGCCAGAAGCAUCAUGUAGGUUUGACCCUACAAACAGCUUGAGACCAGAAGAUGGCCACAGUGUGACUCAUUACCUUGCCUGGAGCAGAGGGGUAAGGUCUGAGAACUGCUGAGAGCUGAGAGUGUCAGUCCUGAGGCCUUGCUGGAGCACAUUCCUAUUAAUGCAGAACCACAGCCCACCAGGAGGGGCCUUGGGAUCUGCUAGCCCCUGCUGCCCCUGCUCAGAGAGGUGCUGUGUAAUCCCAGAGUGGGGACUAGCAGGCUAGUCUAGAAGGAAUACAAGGACAUGACUGGGGAAUCUAGCAGACCUACAGUACCAUAGGACGAGAGCUGUCCCAAGUGUGGUGAGGUCAGAGCCCUACAAAGCCAGUGUGGUGCAGCCACCAGCAUAGAAGUCCAGUAUGGCCAGCUGGGGCUAGCUCAGGCCAGUGGGCCAGCAUGGUCUUGUUCUCCCCGAGCUGUUCCUCCCAUUCUCCCUCUGAGACUGGUUUUUCCCUCAACAGCGGUGAGAUUGUUUUUCUUAUCCUUUCAACCAUUAUGGAGAUGAAACCUAGAAAGCAAUUCUCAUUUCACAGGGGGAUGAAACUGAGACCCAGGGCUAGGGUCUCUGAGAGCCCUGAGUGAGGGCUUUUUUUCCCCCUUCUUAAAUCCCUCCUCUGACCCAGGUUCAUAUGACUGGUAGGUCACAGAUAACCUCAACCACUUAUGCCCAGGUGGGGUGUAGAAUGAGUGUGUCCUGGUUUUGAAGCAGAUACAGGUCCACCAUGGUGAAGACCCAGAAAGCUCUUAGCCUACUCACCAGAUCCGGAACUCACUAACAGUGGGAUAGGAUUGCCAGGACAUCUUAAGACUGGAAACACAGACCAUGUCCACCCAGGGAGAAAAGGCAUCCUAACCAUCAGAGCAGACGCUCCCACCCUUAGAGCACACAAAGCCAUCCUGGGCCCCUCCUCCACCAGGUCAGCUAUCCUCCUACUCCUCCCUGCCUCCAGGCCUCUGCUGGUGUCUGACUUUUCUCCUGGGGAGCAGAUCUGCUUCUGGGAAGUUAAGAGUUCACCUCCACCUGAUGAGUGCACUUUCUUGUGCUGUAGGUGCUCUGGAGGAAGUAGGAGGGACCCAAGCCAGCACUUGUAACAGAGAGGAGGCUGAGCAUAAUAAAUAGCUCCAUUUAAUGAGCACAUACUAUGCACUGGAAUUGUGUAAGCAUGUGCCUUAUCACAUUCAUUUCUUACAGAAAUUACAAGAUAUGUCGUUUUAACUUGUGCCUGUUUUCCAUAUGGGGAAACUGAGGUUCAGAGAAGUUAAGUCACUUACUAAAGGACAUACAAUAUGAGUUAGGGAAAAAGUAUUCAACACCAAACUCAGCUUCUUAGCACUCAAAUAUGUGCUAGCAUAAGUAUAGACAUUAGGUGACCCAAGAACCAGGCAAGCCUUGAAUGGUAAGAAAUGUGUUGGAAGGAGGAAGCCGGUGAACCUUCUGUUUGAGGAGAACUUGGAUACUGUCAACCUGUAUAUCAGAGGCCCUGUCUCAGCCUGAAACUGAAUGGAUCAUAGAUUUGAUAAAUAUUUGUCAAAUAUAUUAAUGAGCCCCCUGGCAGCAGGGACAUCCACUGUGCAUUCAUUCAUUCAGCCAACACUGAAGACCUCCAGUAUGUCAGAUCUCACAUUGCUUCACGUGCAUGCAUGCACAGACAUAUACAUGCAUACACUCCCACGUGCACAUACACAGGCUCUCUCUCCUCUGUGAGAGUCUGGUUUAGGAUGUCUAGAAGCUGGACAGGAGAGAAGAAUGAAGUUUCAGCCUUGACAAGUCAGAGGUGUUUACUGAGUCCAUCCUUGCCAGGAUGCCUAGGGGGAAAAUAUCAGAAGCCAGGGGGCCAGUUUGGUGAGGAAGCCACUCAGAAACAUGCCUCAGGGCUGGAGGCUCCUGGGCUGACACCGCUUUGGUAGGAUAGGCACACUGCAGUGUCCUUGAGUGCCCGAGAAUAAGGAAGAUCCUUGUCCCUGUUUUCUAGAUGUGGGGACAAGGGGUCAACUAUGUAGUUGGCAAGAGGUGGUUUGAUGAAGCCAGGGCAGAAGGCAGGGCACACCAUUCAAAGACAAGAACAGAGCCAGGCCCUGUUAGCAGGGGAAGGGGUUGGAGUGGGAAUUAAAGAAGCAGCGGACCCUGCCCUCCACACCCCCUCUUGAGUCCCCUUUCUCUGUCCCCACUUCUCCCACCUCCACCUGUCACCCGUUUCUCCUUCCAAAACGGAGACUUGUGAAAGAAAGCCAGCAUUUAUUGACAACCUGGUGCGUGCCAGGCACCAGGCCAUGUCUUUUAACCAACACUGAACAACAGAUUCAGCUGGGCCCUGUACAGAACAGGUUGUUCAAUACUUAUUUAUUGAGCAAAUGGCUUAACCACCACCGUCAUUUUACAGGUCAGGCAGGGAAGCCAAUGAACAAAGGAGGGCUUUUCAGAGUUACAAAGCAGGAAUUUGUGUUACUACAGUUUGUGAAACCUAUGGGAACAAGUGUUCAUGACCCUUCCUUUGGAAUGGGGUUUCCAUAUGUACCUAGAAAGGAGAACAAAGGUCAUUUGAGGAAGCUGGAACUUUAAAACAAAGAUGGCUGGAGUGACCAUGUGCUAGGUAAUAGAGUAAGGUUUUAUUAAAGCAGAGAGUAGAUGUUGGAGCAAAAAUGGGGCAAGAUGGAAAAGCUGGGGGCACUCUCUGUUAGGAACUUCAGACCCCACUAGCUCUCACCAAUCCACUCGAUCCUCUUGACCAGGGAGGGAGGCAGAACACUGCAUCGUCUGAGAUGAGAGCCUAUCUUUAAGACAAGUCAAUAAUGUGCCAUCCAGCAGACUAUCAUGAAGGGAUCUCUUCAAUGCAUAAAUGAAAAUGGCACAGCACCUUGGUGAUGUGGUAAACUAAAGCCCUUGGAAACCACUGCAUCCCAUCAUUCUGUCCCCCACAGGCCAGCUAGGCAGUGUGCUGAGGCUGUGUCCUUCGGUACUCAUGAGUCAACUGGGAUUUUCAUGUGACCUGACUCUGCCCACCUGCCUGCCCUGCACCCCAACCGCCAUUAGCAUUUACCUCUCCUCUUUCAGUGGUCCCCAGCAAACAAACCGAGGUGAUGGAGGGGUCUUGGCUAACCUCAGGCCAACAUUGCUUAAGGCCUGGGCCCCAAGCUGAUCAGAUCUGACUUCCUGCCAUGAACACUUAAACUCACACACCUGCCUGAGGCUCUGCUGUCAUUCCUGUUUCUGCUGGGACAUGCAAGGGUCAGGAACUCUGUGAAACAGGCUCACCAUGUGACAGGGACUCACUAUCAGGCCUUCCUGCUGCCAUCUUAGAAGUGCCAUGGAAAUCCAGUCUCAAGGGCUGCCCCAUCUGUCUGCUCCACAGAAGGCAGGGUAGAGUAGGCUUGCUCCAACCCAUGGAAGAUUUUGGAAAGAGGUCUGGGGUCCUGAUGCCUUUUGGUUCUUUUUCUUUUCAUUUUUUAAAUGUUUUUACUAGCAUAUGUUAAUUAUACAUAAUGGUGGGUUUCAUUAUGACAUUUUAUACAUAUAUAAUGUAUUUUGAUUAAUAUAUAUCAUGUAUUAAUACCUCAUCACCCUCUCUUGGCCCCUCCUCCUGCUGAUUCCCCUUACUCAUCUCAACUAAUCCUCCUUCUACUCUCA